AACCACAUCCUCGUUCAUUGUUUAAUGUUAGCACUUCCCUGUCUUCUUUUUUUUUUAUAUAUAAUUUUUUUUAGCUCCCUUAAAUGUAAUUGGCCAACACUACAUAACAGAGCAAAGAGAAAAGCUUCCUUCAAUGUAGUUGUGAUUCUUCAAUACCAUAUAUUCUCUUUCUCUUUCUUGAUUUGUGUUGUGAAACAGUUAAAAGUGGUCUUGAUGUCUGAGGCAUUGGAAGAGGUUGUUCCUUCAAUGAAAGGAGGGUGUGAAGAAGAAGGGUUGAACCUGAAGGCUACUGAGCUGAGGCUUGGGUUGCCAGGGUGUGAGUCACCAGAGAGGGAGGGUGUGUUUAAGAGUGUGGUGGUGUCUGGGGCCAAGAGGGGUUUCUCUGAUGCCAUUGAUGGAAACUGGAAUGGUGGAGGAUCUGAAAAAGAUGCCGCUGCCUUGUUUUCUCCAACUUCAAGGGGUGCUGUUAGUGUUAGUGUUAGUGCUGCCAAGUCUCUCACUCUCACUGCAACAGACUGCACCAACCAACCAACUGCUUUGGGUGCUUCUGUUCUCAAGGAAACUGUUCCACACUCUCCAAAACCAUUACAUGAGAAUAAGCCCCAGAUUUCUGCUCCAGCUGCAAAGGCGCAAGUUGUGGGAUGGCCACCAAUCCGUUCAUUCAGGAAGAACUCAAUGGCUUCUCAGCCUCAGAAGAAUGAUGCUGCUGCUGAUGCAGAAGCCAAGUCUGGAUGCCUUUAUGUUAAAGUCAGCAUGGAAGGCGCCCCAUACUUGAGGAAAGUGGAUCUGAAUAGUUUUACCACUUACAAGGACCUCUCUUUGGCACUUGAAAAGAUGUUUAGUUGUUUUACACUCAGUCAAUGUGGCUCAUAUGGGGUUUCUAGUCGGGAAAAUUUAAGUGAAAGUAGAUUGAUGGAUCUCCUUCAUGGUUCAGAAUAUGUUCUUACCUAUGAAGACAAGGAUGGAGAUUGGAUGCUAGUUGGUGAUGUUCCGUGGGAGAUGUUCACUGAGUCUUGCAAGAGGCUGAGGAUAAUGAAGAGUUCUGAAGCAAUUGGGCUAGCACCUAGAGCCAUGGAAAAGUGCAAAAGUCGCUACUAGCUAGUGCAAUGCUGUAUGCUUUUGUCUUCUAAUCCUGAAAGAUGGAAGACCACAUUUAAGCAUAUAAUACCUGAGUAUUUCUUACGUAUAAUUCUAUAUACGAGAUUGGGGUGUCCUAAACUUUUUAGUGGGCAAUAUAUAUUGAUGACAGCAUAUUAGGUUUGUUGUAGUAGCCGUCUAUAUCAUUGAUGUAGAUGUUUAAGGUUUUAGGUUGUUCUCCCACACUUCAGUUACAGUCAUCAAGGCUUACCGUAGUAUGUAAAUUUUGCAUUUCUGUGAGCGAGCAUUUUGUUUGUCAUGGCAAGCUAAGAAAAGAAAUAUCAUACUUUCUUUAUGUUCACUCUUACAUGUAAAGUUAAAUAUUUAUUUUAAAUUAAGAGAAAUUUUAAAAAUUA